AUGUCUCGUAGCGAGGGAGGAUGUCGUCUUGGGAAAUCAGCAGGAACAGCAGCAGCAGCAGCAACCGCAGCAACAACAGCAGCAGCAGCAGUAACGACAACAGCCUUAGCAACGGCAGCGACAACGGAACUGCGGCAUCGCCGUUGUUUCAAGACGAAGCUUCUGCCGUCCGUGCCCUUGCUGCUUCUUCUGCUGCUGCAGCUACACGCUGAUAAGGCCUGCUGCAGUUUCGUCUCCCGGGGUCGUAGAGCCAGCAGCAGCAGCAGCAGCGGCACUAGUAGUAGUAUUAGUAGUUGCGGCAGCAUCAGGUUUACUGUCCCUGCCCCUAGGCCGAUAGCGAAGUGUUGCUCCUUUUUUAGCCUAUACGCAGCGCAGCAGCAACAGCAGCAACAGCAGCAACAGCAGCACCAGCAGCGGCAACAGCUACCCCCGCAACAGGCUGGCUUGAGCGGCAAGGCCCUUAGAAACCGGCGGCAUUUCUCCUUCCUGAGGUCCAGCCAUAGAAUCAAUCUCGUUGAAGGGCGUCGUGACGCAGCAGCAGCAGCAGCAGUAGCAGCAGCAGCAGCAGCCGGUGUCUGUGCAGCGCACUCUAAAGGGGCUUCCCCUGGCGAGCGGCUCGGUCAAACGAUGCCAACAGCGCCGGUGACGGCAUCGAGAACCGCAAAAGCAGCAGCAGCAGCAGCAGCAGCUAGAACGCGUGCAGCACCUACCGCCCCUCCAGCUCCAUCUUCCUCAUCUGCACCAUCAUCAGCUGCCACUGCAGCAGAACCAGUACCAACAGCAGCAGCAGCAGCAACAACAACAGCAGCAGCAACAGAAACAGCAGCAGAUGUGCCUCCUUCAGCUGCGGAGGUUCGCAGGGUUUGUGGGGCAUCAUUGGGAGUAGUGGAGUUGUCGUUCCCUUCUCUUGACUCCACUCAGAAGUGGGCUGAGCGGCAUUUAGACGAGCUGGUGUCUUUACACCUGCUGCAGCAGCAGCAGCAGCAGCAGGGGGAGGGGGGCUGGUGUCUGUGCAUUACUGCAGCGCAGCAGACUGCUGGGGUUGGCACGCGCAGAGGAGACACAGGAGAGGAGCGGCGUUGGGUCUCUGCAGCGGGGAACCUGCAUGCGACGUAUUUGCUGCCGUGGAAGCAGCAGCAGCAGCAGCUGCUGCUGCACCUGCCUUUUGUUGCUGCGCUCUCUGUGCAGCGCGUGCUGCAGCAGCUAGGAGUUGCUUCUCCCCAGAUAAAGUGGGUGAAUGACGUCCUUGUCAAUGGCAAGAAAAUUGCAGGAGUCCUUUGCCAGAACACUAACCGCAACCUAGCUGCUGCUGCUGCUGCUGCUUCGGGGCGAACGGGAGCUGGAACAACAGCACCAGCAGCAGCAGCAGGAUUAGGAACUCAUGCACCUGAUGAUGUUGUUGUUUUGAUGGGCAUUGGCCUUAAUCUAAUUAGCCACCCCACGGGGCAGCUAGGGGACUGCUGCUAUCAGGGCAGCACAGACGUGCGAGAGGCACUGCAGCAGCAGCAGCAGCAGCAGCUCAAGCAGCAACAGAGACAAAAACAAAUGCUGCUGCACCAAUGCACCGACCUUGCCAUGUGGCCGCCCCCGUCUUCGCUUUUCCUCGCCUCCAGCAACAGUAGCAGCAGCAGCAGCAGCAACAGUGACAGUGUUAUAAACAGCGAUUUGUCUGUUGAAAGAGUAUUAGGCCUGCUGCAUGAACAGUUAGGAAUGCUGCUGCUGCUGCUGCAGCGGCAAGGCUUCCCUCCUUUGCGUGCUGCUGUGGCGCAGCACCUGGCCUACACAGGCGAGCGCGUCUCUCUGCUGCUGGACGGGCAGCAGCAGCAGCAGCAACAGCAGCAACAACAACAGCAACAGCAGCUGCUGCAACACGGGAAAUACACUGGAAUACUAGAGGGCCUUGGAUAUGAUGGCUCUUUGCUGCUGCGCCUUCCAGAUGGGUCGCUGCGAGGUUUCACUUCUGGAAGGCUUUUAAGAGAAACCCCUAAACCCUAA